AUGGACGCCCUCGUCGCGCUCUCGCUCGCGUCCACACUGGUACAAUUCUCCGACUAUGCAAGCAAGCUCCUUGCCCCGGCGCCGCAGAUGUACAAGGCCGCCCACGGUGCACUGACCAACAACGUCAACGUCCAAGUCCUCAUCCAAGACCUCCUAUCUCUCAAGCAGCGCCUCAAGCGACAAGCGCCCCCCAGGUACAUGUCGAAGACGCACGACCCCAACACGGAGAAUGCCAAGACACUGGAAGCUCUGCAUUUGCGGUGCAUGGGUGCGAUCCAGGACCUUCUUGCCCAUCUGUCUCGGCUGCGGCCAAUGGUCAAGAACGUGAGACGACACGAUGAGCAGCAGAUUCCGGACCUGGGACGGUUUUCACAGAGCGUUCCAUGCAACCUGGAACGGGCAGCAAAUGCAGACUUUGGAGGACGAUAUUUGGGAAAUCCGGAGAGACGCUCAACUCCGCAUUAUGGUUUCGUUCCGGUAGGCAUCUUCUCCUUCUACCAUGACAAUUCCUUACUUGUUAUUAGUCGCGCUCUCGCCCAUCUCGCGAGACAGCGAUCACACACAGCACACGAGCUGAGAAGGUUUACGGGGCGUAUUUUGGAAUCUUUCUACAAGGGCGAAGAGGCCUUCAUUUCCCAGAUACAAGCUCAAUCCCAAAAACUGCUCCAGCUUGACGAGUACGACAACGACGACGACGACGACGACGAUGCGCUUGGGACAUUAGCGGGCGAGCUCCUGCACAGCAUCGGUGCUCUUCAAACCCCGGAGCACAGCAAGAGCCGAAACACAUUUCGUCUCACCAAUCCGAAACUGGAAAAUGAAUUACGUACACUCAUCAUCGAGACUUGUGUGCUGGAAAGCCUCUCCUUUGAGGCCAUGGUCGACCGCCGCGAGAGCGUGGAGAAGGCGCACGCCCGCACCUUUGACUGGAUCUACAAGGAUGCCGAAAGCGCGCAGGUACCCUGGAGCAACUUUGUCGACUGGCUCAGACACGGCGGCGGCAUCUACUGGAUCAACGGCAAGGUGGGCUGCGGAAAGUCGACCCUCAUGCGGUACCUGUGCGAGAACGCGACCACGCAACGGGAGCUCGCGGUUUGGGCUGCCGACCGCCCCUGCGAGGUGUACAGCUUCUUCUUCUGGAACAGCGGUGCCGACGACCAAAAGUCGCAGAUAGGCCUUCUCCGGUCACUUCUGUUUGAUAUCCUGCAGAGGCACCGUGACCUGAUGCGCCGGCUUAUGCCAGAUGUCUGGGGCGUGUGGUCCCACCGUGCCGAGACUGCGCUGAAGGACAAGCUCCCUUAUGAUUCCUCGCUCUUGCCACCAGAGCCAGACGCUCUGUCAACUUCUGCGCUCAAAGAGAUUUUUCAAAAGGUGCUCAAAGCUGUUGGUGAGUCUACCAAGCUGUGCUUCUUCAUUGACGGCUUGGAUGAAUACGGCGCAGAGCACUCGGACAUUAUCAGCCUCGCGGCGCAGUGUUCUAUGCUUCCUAAUGUCAAGUUUUGUCUCUCGAGCAGACCGCUUCGAGUAUUUGAAGAGGCCUUCGCCGGGCUGCCCAGCCUUCGACUUCAGGACUUGACACAUCUUGACUUGAGUCAUUACGUGCUGGACUGCUUGUACCGUCAACCACGCAUGCAGCAACUUUCAUCUCCCCAAUCUAGCGAAGUGUCCUGCUUGAUUCAGGAAACUGUGAGCAAAUCUCAAGGAGUCUUUUUGUGGGUGAAGCUUGUGGUCGGCUUACUAUCACAUGGUUUACCUACCUACGACAGCAUUGCAGACCUGCAGCAUCAAGUACAUCAACUUCCUGCCGAUCUUGAUGACUUGUUCGCAUACAUGGUAGCCCUGAAGGACCACCGACGCGCCUCACAGCUUCUGCAGAUAUUUCAAGCCGCCAGAAAACGAUCACCAGAGAAGAUUACGCUUCUUCAGUUGUCUUUUGCCACCGAUGAGGACGAGCUACUUGCACAAGAGGCGCCAAUGCAGAGAAUCUCAGUUCACGACAUGGCAUCUCGCUGCCAGGAGAUGGUUUCCCAGCUACAGAGCACCUGCGCCGGCCUUCUUGAAUCCCAUGACUCCAAGUAUUCUAGCAUCGCGCCAGAUGGCAAGGUCCUGUUUCUGCAUCGCACCGUGUCUGACUGGAUCGCGAAACCCAGUGUGUGGGCGGCAAUUCAGGCGCAGACAGUCGGCACGGGCUUCAGUCCGUCGCUCGCUCUGCUCAAGUCCAGCAUCCUGGGCAUCAAAAGUCUAGACGUCAGCCCCAAGCGGCUAUUUGACCUGAGAAUCGUCGUCGAUGCGGUCCUCUAUGCCAGAGACGCGGAAACAGAGCUCGGGGCCGGGUUCCCACAGCUGUUCGACCAGCUGGACGUGGCCGUUUCCUAUCAAUGGCGCCUUGGCGACUGCCGCGCCGUCUACGGAGUCGACAAUCUGUCCGACACGAGCAGCGACACAGCCGACGCGCAAUCUGACAAAAGCUCGUACCGUGCUUCCAUGAUGGCUAGUCAAUCCAGCGUCUUUGGGACACUGGACCUCGGUACACACAACGCCUCGCGCCAGCCGGCCCCAGCCAGUCUGGCCGUUGCCGAAAACACGCUGGCCGCCUCAUACAUUGCGCACAAGGGAACACGCCUCAGCGGCCGGGCAACCCAGGACCAGCAGCGGCGCGAGGCGGCUCCGGUGCCAAAGACGGUCACCACGCCGCACCACCACUGGGCGUGGUGUUUCGAGGUCCCCGGACUGGUGCCCAUGCACGGCGCUGCCAGCUUCUAUGACGUGGCGCGCCUUGCCGGUCUGCGGCACUACGUCGCGGUCAAGGACGGGUCGGUCAACGUGCUGGACCAGGACGUCGGGCAGCAUAUGCUCUUGCGGGCUGUGGUGCUUCCGCCCGCCGCGGCCGUUGACCGGGCCGAUGUGGCUGCGCUGCUCGCCGGUGGUGUGGAUCCCAACUUUGCGUUCAACGGACAGACGCCGUGGGAAGCGGCGCUGGCCGCCGCCGCGUCUGCAUUUGCAGGCGUGCGAGGGUGUAGCGAAAACGGACUGUCGCCGGCGCGCAGGACAGUAUGCGAGGACUGGAUGGCGGUGCUGGAUUUGUUUCUGCGACACGGCGCCGACCCGUACGCCGUGGCGCGGGUUCAGGACGUGGACGACCGGGCGCUCGUCUCGGCCUGCACCGUCGCGGAGUCGUGCGCACCUACGUUUCUAAAAAACGAGGCGGUGGUGUUAAUGAAGCUGCUGGUGGAGAAGCGGGCAGAGUUUGACAAGAAGCAGAUGGCUAGGAAAAAGAAAUCUCCGGGACUCGACAUCGAGGGCAUGACUCCAGCGUCAUCCGGUGAGUGGCCCAUGUCUUGGAUACCCAUCCGCAACAACUUCACCUAG